UAAUUGCGAGUAAAUUGGGUCGAAUGCCGGCAACUGGUGAAUAUUACUCUAUGUACGUACAAAACUUGUGUGUACGUGCAUUAAAGGACGUAAACUCAAUUUUUCUAUAUACACACACAUUUCUCUGGACAAGAAGAGCCCAGAGUGAGAAUAAGUAAAUAAACAAUAUGUGAAUGAAAAAAAUAAGUAAAUAAUACACAGAACUAGCUGUUUGUUAAAGAUAGAUUAUGGAAGGAGAGGAAGUGGUGGUUUGUUUCUUCUGUUUUUGUUUCACAUACAUUUUGUGUUUGAUUUUCGCGUCUUUUACGAAGUUAACGAAUAUACACACAAAGAGCAUAGAGGCACAAGUGGUUGUUGUAUGUGCUAGAUGAGAGAAUAACGAGUAUAAAAACACGCUGUAGAUGAGGAAUUGCAAUUAUUCGUUCGAAAGCAAUCAACUGAUUCAUACGUCAGUCAAAGAAAAUCAUAAGCAAAGCAAAGAACACAAGAAAAAUUGUGUAAUUGUCAAAUAAGUCAGAAUUUUAGAAGACAUUAGUGAAAAAAUAAAAUAUAUUUUUUUAAUCAAAAAAAUAUUUGUGUAAAACAUUUUAAUUUUCUUUUAAAACAAUCAAGUUUUUUUAAAAAAAUCUUAACAAAAUGAGUCAAAUUGUGAAUAUGGCUAAACAAACCCAACGUUUGGUGCCUCAGAUUACUAAACAAGUUGCCUGCUUCUCCACUUCCUCCGCUUGCCAGCAAGAAUUCAAAGGUGAAUUGAAACCCAAAAGUGCCCGUUUUGUGGAAUUCCAAAAGAAAUUGAGAGCCAAGACCCCCUUGGGUAAACUUGAUGAAUUUUCACGUCAUCCCUUCCAAGAAGUCGAACCCUUGAGACCCUGGCCCAACAAUGUCAAUCCCCAUACCGGUGAAAUUGGUGGCCCUGCUGGUCCUGAACCCACCCGCUAUGGUGAUUGGGAACGUAAAGGACGCGUUUCCGAUUUCUAGUCUCUUUUUCGUAACAUCUUAUAGCUUUAAACCAUCCCCCAUACACUAGACAUUAGAGGCACUUUUUAACUGUUAGUUUGUACAAAAAAAA